CCCGCUUUCCUCAAACGGCUACAUUCUCUCUCUGUUCUUCCUAUUAUUCUAUCUCUCAUCCCAAAUCCCAAUUCAAACCUUUCAAAAUCCCAAAACUGCAUUUUCAUUUUCUUCGCAUAAUCGAUUCCCCUUUCUUGCCAGGGGCCUUUCCUUCGCAGAUACAAAUAAUCCAAAAUGUCUAAACCUCAAAUGGAUCCGCUUUUGCAAACUGAAACAUGUGUAUCACUUCUUGAUGAACUUCAGAUAAUAUGGAAUGAAGUUGGGGAGUCUCAGACUGAAAAAGAUAGAAUGUUGUUUGAGCUUGAUCAAGAGUGUCUAGAAGUAUACAGAAGAAAGGUAGAUAAAGCAAAUCGGUCUAGAGCUCAAAUAAGGCAGGAAAUUGCUGAUUCUGAAGCCGAGCUUACAUGUAUCUGUUCAGCAAUGGGAGAACGACCAGUACAUGUUAGGCAGUUUGACCAAAAAGCUGUAACCUUGAGGGAAGAGCUAGCAAGAGUUCGCCCAGAGCUGGAGGAAAUGCAAAAAAGGAAGUCUGAUCGUAGAAAUCAAUUUGUAGAAGUUCAAGAACAGAUUCAAAGUAUCUCAAAUGAGAUUGAUAAUUCAAGAGAAUAUAUUACAGCUGUUGUAGAUGAAACUGACUUAUCAUUGAGAAAGCUUGAAGAAUUGCACAGACAGCUUCUUGCUCUUCAAAAGGAGAAGAGUGAGCGUGUCAAGAAGGUUCAAGAGCACCUGUACACCUUAAAUUCUCUUUGUUCAGUGCUUGGUUUGGACUUUAAGCAGACAGCCAGUGGAGUCCACCCUAGUUUAGGAAAUUCAGAAGGACCUAAUAAUGUAGAUAACAAUACUAUCAGUCAAUUGGCUAUUGCUAUACAAGAAUUGAGGACAAUUAAAUUACAGAGAAUGCAGAGGCUCCAAGAUCUAGCUUCAUCAAUGUUGGAGCUCUGGAAUUUGAUGGAUACACCUAUUGAAGAGCAACAGAUGUUUCAGAAUGUUACGUGUAAUAUAGCUGCUUCAGAACAUGAAGUAACUGAACCAAACAGCUUGUCUGAGAACUUCAUCAAUUAUGUUGAGGCAGAAGUAUCUAGGUUAGAAGAGUUAAAAUCAAGCAAAAUGAAAGAGCUUGUUUUGAAGAAAAGAGCAGAGCUAGAUGAGAUUUGUCAAAAGACUCAUUUGAUUCCAGAAAUUGAUAGUGCAGUGGAAUAUACUGUUGAAGCUAUAGAAUUUGGAUCUGUAGACCCUGCUUGUGUGCUUGAACAAAUUGAACUUCAGGUUGCCCGAGUCAAAGAGGAAGCUUUUGUUAGAAAAGAAAUACUAGAAAAAGUUGAGAAAUGGUUGUCAGCAUGUGACGAAGAGUCUUGGCUUGAGGAGUACAACAGGGAUGAAAAUCGAUAUAAUACUGGGAGAGGUAUUCAUCUUACUCUCAAGCGAGCGGAGAAAGCCCGUGCCUUGGUUAACAAACUUCCAGCAAUGGUAGAUGCUAUAACUUCUAAAACUGUAGCAUGGGAAAAGGACAAUGGCAUUGAGUUCACAUAUGAUGGUAGCCGACUGCUCUCAAUGCUUGAGGACUACACCCUAUCACGGCAAGAGAAGGAGCAAGAACGUCGUAGGCAGCGGGACCUGAAGAAACUUCAGGGACAAAUGAUAGUGGAAAAGGAAGUACUCUAUGGGUCAAAACCAAGCCCUUCAAAGGCCCAGAGUGCAAAAAAGACACCUAGGAUGUCAUCUGGAAGUGCAGCAAGUAGAAAAGUCUCCCUUGGAUGUCAAUCCCCAAGACCUGAUUCAAAAGCUACUCAGUCAUUCUCCACAAGGAAGACUGACAAAUCACGAUACCUGGAUGAUGAUGGUUCAUGUUUUUCAACAGCUAGAAAAGGACUUGAUAUUGCUGGUGUUCCUAUGAAACAGCACUCUAUUGGUUCUGGAAGUGUUAUUGACAUGGAAUCUCCUUUAACACGGCAACCUCUUUCUCCCAUCUCUUUGACAGUAUCAAAAGCGAAUGUGGCAACUGCUGCAGAUGAACUGAAUACACAGAACGAGAAGUUGCAGAAAACAUUAGCACUUAGCAAUUUGCAAUCCACUACCACCUCAAAGACAACCAGAGUGGUGGAUGAAGAGAAUAGAACCCCAAAGGAAAUGCCCAUUUCUGUCCCCACUACACCUUUGAAAGUGUCGAUACCUAUGAAUAUGUCCAUGACUCCGGCUACUUAUGGAGGUGACCUGGCUCAAGAGAUUGAAUAUUCCUUUGAGGAAAGAAGACUCGGUUUUGUGUUAGCAUGAUUUGUUUAUUUUGUUUUCCAGAUUACAUUGUUAAAGUAGUUACCUGUAAUAUCAUCAGAUCACAGGUCAAAUGUAAUUGGCUUCCCGAUAAUGUACAUAGCCUGACCUGAGAAGUCAAAGUAGAGUUACCUGACGUGUGGAAAGAGCUUAAAAAUACAAAAUUUUGCAAUCUAAUGUGAUCUUAUUUUCUCCA